UGGGGGCUUAACGUCCUACUUUUCUGGGUCGACCAGGAUAAUGAAAACGGACAAUAUUGUGUAAAUUACCAAACCAUGGUGUUCGAAGAUGAUGAGCUGCACACGGAUGUAUAAUAUGCAAAUUAAUCCGAUUAUAAUUUUAACCACGAAAAGACAGUUCCGUAUAUUUUAGAUAUAACUGAAUAUUUAUUGGUUUUAUCGACUUCAACUUGUACACACAGACAUCUGGAAUCUUAUUAUCGCACAUCUUGCUGUCAUUAAAUUUGGUGAUAUUUUGUAUCUUAAAUAUGAUCCGACGUUUCUUGUUAUUGCUGUUUUAUUUCACAGCUCCGGCAGCAUCGUUAAUUAGCCGUGCUUGUCACUCAACUAUGGUUAAUACAGACUCUCCAUGUACAAUCCAUCAACUAAACUGUACAGAAACCCAGGUUAUUGCUAUAACCAAUGCUAGUUAUGGUUAUAAACAAAGCUGCCAGGAUAACAACGGAGUUUCGAAUUGUAGAACCGCUGGCUGCUGUAAGGAGGAGCCAGGGGACUGUUUUUUACCUUUUACAGACAAUAUCAAGUUAAAUUUAACACAUAUAUGUGCCAAUAGCAGUACAUGUAAAUACAGGGGUGUUCGGAGUUUUAAUAAUUGCAGCAAUAUAAAUGUUAAUGCAUAUAGUAAAAUUGAAUACACCUGUAAUGAAAAAGAAACCACAACAGAGAAGAUUACUGGUACCAUGACAACUCAAGGUAGUGCGGACAAAACAGAAACAACAACAACGCAGAUUCCAGUGACAGCUCAGGGUACAGCGCCGACUAAAGAUAACCAAAGCCGUAACACAGCUCAGACUGGAACAAAAACAACGCAGAUUCCAGCGACAGCUCUGGGUACAGCGCCGACUAAUGAUAACCAAAGCCGUAACACAGCUCAGACUGAUUUAUGGACUAUAAUUGGCUCUGUUAUUGGUGGUUUAAUAUUGGUUAGUCUUAUAGUUGUUCUGUCUUUUUGGAUUCGGAAAAAACUGGUGACCAAAGCUGGUAACAAAAACCCUAAAAGUUCAACUUAUCGUUCAAACCCGGAAGAAAGUCCGAAUUUGGAUAGAACUAGCUAUAUAAGAACCCACGAUCUGAUAAACUCAGUUGAAAAUCAGCCCACAGUGAGCCAUAAACAAGAUAAUUAUUCAGAAGACAACGACGACUACGACCAUAUUGGAUCUAACAAGCUGGCAAACGAUAAACCAAAACGUGAUGAAUAUGACCAUAUAAAGCGCGACUACUCGACUGGGAAUGGUGAAAAUGUUAGAGACGUGUCUUAUGAUGAAUCCAAUGACGAUUAUAAUAUUCUAGGGGGGAAUAACUCAUGCAACAGUCAUCCCCACACAGAUAAUACCUAUAAUCACAUCGGUGAAUUUAGUGCUAAGACUUUGGACGACAAUGAUUAUUAUAAUGUCGACAAAGUGGUUAAGAACAAAAGCGAAAAAUGAUUAAAUUCGAUCCAGUUUCAACGUUUAAUUUUUAUUUUGAACAUUGUGUGAAAGUUCUGAAAAAUAUCACGCGGUUACAAUUUUGAGAAUGUCUAGGUCAUUUUUUUAACACGAUCCUACUUUUGUUCAAGAACAUCAUCCCACAUUUGUAUGAUGAUGUUCAAUGUCACGAGGUCUCCACUUUCAUGUUCAUUUACACCAUACAACAUUUAGUGAACAUGUUCAAGAUUGUUUUGACAUAGUGGUCACUACACGCUUUGAGAUGUGGAGACUGCCAUUUGGUUUGAUUGUCAUGUCACCCAAUGAACCACGUCACCCAGAUAUGCAUUCUCAUUGGUUAAAGGCUCUGAAUGCUGUAGUGCAAUGUUCAAAUUUAUUUGCAUGCUCGAACAUCAUCCAACAUGUUCACAGUUGUUCAAAUGCCCAUACACACAAUAGGACUGCGGGCAUCAUCAUCAUCAUCAUCAUCCACACAUGCCAAAAUAUUAUUAUUAAAACAACAAUGUAAGAUGGUUCACGUUUUCAAUUAUGCAUGACAAAUGGUAAAAAUUAAAAUAUCUGCCACAGAAUCUAAAUAAAAUGACCGCGCAUGGUUUUGCAACGCUUAUGCAGUGUACAUAUUUUUGUAUAACUCGAUUGUCUCUUCUCAUAAUCCACGCCUUUGCCCCCCCCCCCCCCCUCAGCUUAUUAUUACUCAAUAUUCGUAUCGUUCAAGCAAUAUCAAACAUAUAUGAUGGUAAGCUUACAAAUUUACGCUAGCAUGUUCCAAAUUCUGCCCAAAAGCUCGGCGGAUGGUGAAAGACAACCACUAAUCCCACAAGCACCACGCAAGAGAUACAAAUUGCGGGAUUUGCUCAGGCCCGUACCCAAGGGGGUCCUGGGGGGGCGAAGCCCCCCCUGGAAAUAAUCUUGCCCCCCUGACAAAAAGUUGUCGACCGUAUUUAUAAAUUACCUAUGUAUGAUUUGAAUAAAUUUCUAGAAACUCGUUUACAGCUACUCAAUUUUCAAAAUUUUCCGGGGGGAGACCCCCGUACCCCCGGCAAGAGAGAACCCCCCCCCCCCGGACCCCCUACCGCCGGACCUGCCCCCCCCCCCACAACGCCAGCAAGCUGGCUACGGGCCUGGAUUUGCUACACUGAUCUUACUAAAAAAAAAAUGUAAUAAUCACCCGGUCCGUAUAUUAUGUAUAUAUUCAACUUGUAAAUAUGUAUAAAUAAAAUAGAUAUUGCUCUUA